AUGGUAACCCUAAAGCAAGUAUCAGAUGCUAUGAGGGGUCUGCUGGAAAGGCGGGGUGCCACGAUGAAGCAGAUCCACAAGUUCCUGAGAACUGAGUACGGAGACAGUGGAGCGCCGUCCAGUUCUGACAUCAAGAAGGCGCUAGAAAGAGGUUUCCAGAAUGGUCAUCUGGAAAGAAGUUCCACCGGCCAGACCCCGCGCUUCCUGCUGCAAACUUCAACUGCACGGCCAGCCAAGACACGAAUCAGAGCUCAUGCCUUUGCUGCGAAGUCCACAUCAAAAGCAAAGGGCAAACGCAAACGCAAAAUCUUUCAUUGCGUCGAAUGCUGCUGCUGCAAAAUCAUGAGACGCAUGGGGCGAAAGCCUCCGAAAACCCCCCCGAAGAAUAAACGUAGAAAACCAAAAGGCAAAGCAAAGAGUGAAGAAGGCAGAAAAUCAGUCAAAAAGAAUUCAAAUAAAAGGGAGAAAUCCAAAAAAGACAAAUCAAACAAGUCAGACAGCAAAGGGGAAUCACAAACCCCCGUGCCCAUGCCCCUGCUCCCCUAG